GGCGAGCCAUUCUCCAUCUGCAAGAACUGAUCAUCUGCUCUGUUGCCGGCCAAUGCCCUCCCAGAGCCGGCCACAACCUCGGGUUUUUGGCGAAAUGGAUGAAACGCCCACGCCUCCAGCCAAUUCGCACGCGCACACUUAUUUCAGACGCAUCCGCUCUAGUUCAGGCGAAUGGCAGCUCUCAUGCAUUGGGAGACUGGCUGCUGAUGCGACCCGGGCGCCAGAAUAUCAAAGUACCUCUGCCGUGUACUCGUACAGACUUCAACUGCGGGACGUUCCCACUGUACCUUUGGUGGCAAGCAGACAGACGGUCACAUCUCGUGUACAUGACAGAGGCACAUCCACCGACCUGCUUGGGUGCAUAUACGCAUACCCGCAUACACACUUACAUGCUCGUACCGCACAUACAAACAACCAUACAUGCAUCUUGCAUGCUCGUACAGAACUCUACCCGCCAAGAGCCAAUGCUAACAAAGCUGCCCUUGUCCCUUACAGCUGCACCGGUCGUGACACCUCCAUUGAGAACCUCCCUUACCCGGGACUAGCAGAGUGUCUGCCAGCAACGUCGAUUGUGAGCACGCCGAACUUGAUUGUGAUAAAUGACUCACGAAUUGAUACCCAAAGCCCGAUGGCCAUUGGUAAGCAAAUGGCCAACGACAGCAAGGAGAGAGAGAAAGAAAACUACAACAAGGCAGGGCUCGGCAGCACUUCUUGCGCCAGCCCACUCGUACUAGGUCUCGAUAUCUGGCCGCCUCCACCGCAAGAGUCUGCUCGUCUCGUCUUCCAUCCAAUCUCAUGGCGACAGCUGAACAACACAUACAUACGUGCCCGCCUACAUACACAUACAUCAUGUACGUGCGCACGCACAUGCAUCCGGACCACCUACUCGUACCGACAUGCGCAAUCAGGCAUCAAAAACGAUCCCCCAGCUAGGGCAAAGCUGGUAAAACAGCCGCCCGCACAGAGGCAUCGCCAGACCCGCGCUCCCAUUUGCUCCAAAUCUCCGGGUUACAGCUGCAGCUGCCUCUGUGGUCCUCUCUUUUCCCUUUCCAUGUUAUGGCCGCAUACGGCUCACGCUACACACACGGACAAACAGAAUGCUGUGGCCUCACAGCCAUACAUCUUCAGACUCUCGCAGUUCACAUACACAUGCUAUUCCGUACAUACAGACAAAACAUACAUGCCGCAAUCGCCUGCUACAUGA